AUGCCAAAUUUAAGGACAACGUUUACAAAUAUACCACAGACAUCUAAAGCAAUAGUGUUUAUAAUAAUUUGUUCAUCAGGGCUUGGAGCGCUUCAAAGUGUUAAACAAUGGCUGAAUAUUGGGCAUAGCUUCCCUUCAAGUGCCUCACAAGGUUUGGCCGUUGUACCAAAUUCUGCACUUUGGGAAUGUUGGACGUUUAUAACCGCGAGCUUUUAUGAAACCAAUUUAACAUCCUUCAUAGGAAGUGUUCUUACAAUCCUUGGAAUAGGAAAAUAUUUAGAAAGAGCAUGGGGAUCGAGAGAUUUUUUAAUAUUUAUAGCAAUCGUGAUGAUUGGAACGAAUAUAAGUGUCUUUCUAACAUAUUUAUGUGAAUAUGCGAUCACAGGAUAUGUAUCUUACUUCGGAUUUUUAGUAGGGUUAAAACAAUUGAUACCAGAACAUUUGUUAAAACCAGUUAAAGGGUUAUCUUUAUUAUUUUAUGGUAGCUUUAUUUCUUGGGUGUACUUGAGAUUUUUUAAAUAUCAAGAUGGUUUAAUUGGAGAUCGUAGUGAAACCUUUUCCAUGGCCAGUUUUUUUCCGGAAUUUAUUCAACCUGUCGUGAAAAUCAUUUCUACCAUCGUAUUUAACAUUUUGGUAAUGUUAAAAUGUUGUAAACCGAUAUCAAAGAGGAGAUUUGCAAUAGACUUGGAAAAUCUUCCAACAACUUAUAUACCUACUAUGCCAGGUAGUCAAAGGGCUGAAGCGGAGAGAAGAAGGGCGUUGGCAUUAAAAGCAUUGGAUGCCAGAUUACAUAAACAAAAUUAUGAACCAACAUCACCACCGCCAUUUACCACGUCGCUAUCAUCUUAUACUGCUUCAACAUUUACUGCAUCGCCACCAAAUUCUUCAUCUAACAACAUUAAUGGAACCACCAUCGCGAACACAGAUUCCUUACAUAUUAAAUCCAUACAACCAAAUGAUGUUUUGUUUGAUGCAAAAGACCAUUUAAAACAAGACUUAUAA